UUUUUCUAGAUUUUUCAUUUCUACUUGAGAGGAUUUUUAUCGAACGGAGCGUUCUUUGCACUACUCAGUGAGAGAUGAAUUGAGGGACAACUGCUCCCACAUGGAGUGGGUCACUUAGCAGGGCGACGUUAAUAUCAUGAGGAAGGCAUGCGCAUGCAGAUUCAUCUCAUGCCGCAUCAAAAAUAGAACUACACCAUGUAGGCGCCAACCGGAGGCGCAAAAAAACAUCUACACGUUGUAGGAGCCACUUACACCGACGGAGGACCCCGCGGAGCGAGACCCUACCCCAAGAAUACUAGAAAGGCGGGACUAGUAGAACCACUUUCCUGCUGAACGAGACGAGGACAACGAACCACAACCACGACGAGGGCCUUCUCUACUUCCGCCGUGGUGGUACUUACUAGAUCAGUGUAGAAGUUCUUGACUUCUGCUGCGCCACCGGCUACAACGACCAAAAAUGUCUGCGGCUGCGGAAAACGUGCAAGUGGUCGUCCGGCUCCGGCCGGACGAAGAAAAUUACGCCGACGGCUACGACCCCAGCAUCUACCACUUCGAGAUCGACAAACCGCACGUGUUGACCAUCAGAGAUCCCCUCUCCAAAGGCAGAUCGGACCACACGUUUGUGUACAGGGGCUUGAAAAAGGAGGAGGCCGCGGCCCAAAGCAUCGCCAAUCGGACCAAGUUCGCGGCAAUGCACUUCACACUGACGCUGGUCGACUGGAAGGACCUUGCGAACGCGGGGUUCGACAUUCGGUCCUGGACAAACGCAGAUUUCGAUUUUGACCGUCGUCGUCGUGGAGGUCAUAGUUCCAACGCGAGGUGGGACGAUGAAACAGGUGGCGUUCAUCGUGGUAAAAAAAUUUUCGACGGCUGGACCGUGAUCGGAAGUGACGAAUACGACUAUGAUCAGCGUAGAAGGAAUUUACCGCACGGGCCGAGGUUGUAUUUCCGUCUCGUCUUCAAACCGCCGGCCGGCAACUAGUCGAGCCUCGUUCAUAAUAUUAGCACCUGGGAAGAUCGCAGGAGCAAAUUUUUUGAAGGACGGUGAUCUAGCGAAAGUGAUUAGCAGAUAGUAUCGUGUUCAGAACUUGAAUUUUUACAGAAGAAAAAGCAAGAACUCACUCCUUGUUGUAUUAUCUAUCAUGUUUUGCAGAAAGAACUCACUCGGCGCACGAGCGCCAGCUUGUACAAGUAGCUCUUUCUGCUUCCUGCGGAGAUCUUAGGAAGUCCUGCAGAGAUGUAGUUUUUUUCAAUUUACCAUAUUGUUAACUCUUCUUUUGAACAACUACUAUCUUCAUCUUGCCGCCGAGCGGCAUUCGCUUUCACGAUUAUGCUAUGGCCCUGACGGAAAGGACUAUCAGAGGGAAGUGUGCUGCUGCAGAACAUGCCCGGAGAGGGGCUUCAUCGUGUGCACAGCGUGCAGUAGGCUCGUAGAACUCAUUUAUAAUGAAAUAGCACUAAAGCAGGUAAUAUGCAAGAAGUACUUCAUUUUUGGAUCGAAAAGAUUCCUCUAAAGCCAGCCCUUAGAGAGACUUGACUGAAAAUUAUUCAAGAAACAAGGACAUUCGAACUAAAAAGAUCUAGUCUGACAUGCGAAAUAUCAUGUACAAUGAACGCCUUUUUUUUUGUAUGAUGAAAGAAAGUCUGCCGCGUUUUUUUCGUUUUCGGCAAGACCGAUGCACGUAGUACUACGUACCUCAAAGAAGCGCAGCUGACAAUCUAGGUGAAGCAAGAGCUGCAGAAGCAAAAAAAAAUGUCAUAACAGACCGUGAUAUUCACGAAAGAGUUAUUCUCGUCUAUACCGUCAUUCUCAUUCAUUAAAUUUCAAGUAAUCUUCACGGAGGUUCGCGUUUACCUCGUGAACAACGGAUGACGAAAGAGAUUGUUGACGAACUGCAAUUUUUGCAUUCAGUCAAGAACCAUUAAGCAAUGGCUGUACAAUGCUAUCGUGGUGUGCAAUACAAG